AUGUUCGCUCGUGUGUCCCGCCGUGUCGCCUACGCCGCAAAACAAACCUCUUUUCGCACUUUCGCCUCGCAGGUCCGUGCAUUUUCGACUGUUCCGGCCCCUGUCACGCUUGCUGUCGCCGCUACUGUUGGCGUCUCGGCUUUUGCUCUUACCGCUGCCCCUAUUGCUGAGAACAAGGCUAAGCCUACAACACCCCUUGCUGGCGUUCCUGGCACCUCUACGGAGCGCACGUUCAUCGCGAUCAAACCCGACGGCGUACAGCGUGGCCUUAUCAGUGAAGUAAUUGGCCGAUUUGAGAAAAAGGGCUAUAAGCUUGUAGCUCUUAAACAAAUGACGGCUACAGAAGAGCGUGCCAAGGCCCAUUACGCUGACCUGUCCGCGCGUCCCUUUUUCCCGGGCCUUGUUAAGUACUUCACCUCGGGCCCAAUCGUCUGCAUGGUCUGGGAAGGCACGGACGUAAUUCUUACUGGCCGCAAGAUUUUGGGUGCUACUAACCCCAACCAAGCCGCCCCAGGCACCUUGCGCGGUGACAACUGCAUUUCCACCGGUCGCAACCUCGUACACGGUUCGGAUGGCCCGGAGUCUGCCAAACAUGAGAUUACAAUGUGGUUCACCCCCGAAGAGAUUAGCAACUACGAGCGUGCUCUCGACACGUGGAUUGUUUCAGAUAACUAG